GUGGCUCUCAACCUUGGGGCCUCCAGGGUUAUCUUAAAACAUACCCUCUUGGUUUCAGAGAAGUGUCACAUUUUAUAAAGCCUGUCCUGAUUCUUCUGAGAUGUGAAAGAGCACCUGUUGGCUUAUGGCAGUCCCAUAAACUUCAUAGGAUUCCCAUAGGCAAGAGAUACUCAUACUGUGGUCUUACCAGUGUCUGCUUCUGCAAUAUACCCUUUAACACCCGACAUUCAUUUGUGGUCCCCCAUCCAAGCACAAACCAGGGCUGACUCUGCUCAGAUUGCUAGGUCAGACAGGAUCUGGUGCCUUUGGGGUAUUCAGGCUGCUUUUAUGUAAACUGAGGAUAGAUUUCAGCCUAGCAAUUUCAGGUUUUAUAAGCAAAAUAUUUAUCUAGUUCCAGAAUAUUAUUAUUAUCAUCAUCUAGUUCCAGGUUUUUAUAUGUGUAUAACAUGUGUCUUUGUCUAAUGCAACGAUAAUGCUUUAACUCUAUCUAAAAUAUCACUUGUAGUUUUAUAAGAAGAUAUCUUAAACAAAUGACUUGUUAAUCUUUUCCGAAUCGUAACGUUUUCUUGCUCUUUUAGUGAUCGUUUUAAUCAGCGUAGCAUUUUCUUUUUCUAAUCGUGUUGUUCGUUUGUUGUAGAACGACAAUGAAACUCUUUUCAGAGUCGCACAAAACGGUUUUUGUAGUGGAUCACUGCCCCUAUAUGGCAGAAUCCUGCCGACAGCAUGUUGAGUUUGAUAUGUUAAUAAAGAACCGGACCCAAGGGAUCAUACCUCUCGCUCCUAUAUCGAGAUCGCUCUGGACCUGUUCGGUGGAAUCGUCCAUGGAAUACUGUAGAAUAAUGUAUGAUAUAUUUCCUUUUAAAAAACUAAUAAACUUCAUUGUAAGUGACUCUGGAGCGAAUGUCUUGAAUUCUUGGAACCAAGAAGAUCAAAAUCUGCAGGAGUUAAUGGCAGCUUUAGCAGCUGUUGGACCUCCCAAUCCUCGCGCAGAUCCUGAAUGCUGCAGUAUACUUCAUGGUUUAGUAGCAGCAGUAGAAGCACUCUGCAAAAUCACAGAAUACCAACAUGAGGCCCGAACUUUGUUAAUGGAGAAUGCUGACCGGGUUGGGAACAGAGGACGGAUAAUCUGCAUUACUAAUGCAAAGAGUGAUAGCCAUGUCCGAAUGCUUGAGGAAUUUGUCCAGGAAACAAUACAUGAGCAUAAUAAAUUAGCAGCUAAUUCAGAUCAUCUUAUGCAGAUCCAGAGAUGUGAACUGGUCUUAAUUCACACUUAUCCUGUUGGUGAGGAAAGCCUUGUGUCAGAUCAUCUUAAAAAAGAGCUCUCUCCUGUCUUAACCAGUGAAGUUCAUAGUGUUCGGGCUGGACGGCAUCUGGCCACCAGACUGAAUGUUUUAGUACAGCAGCAUUUUGAUCUGGCUUCAACCACUAUAACUAACAUCCCAAUGAAGCCCACAUUCAAUGUCUGUGACCAGGAAGAACAGCAUGCCAAUACAUCAGCCAAUUAUGAUGUGGAGCUGCUUCAUCACAAGGAAGCACAUGUAGACUUUAUAAAAAGUGGUGAUAAUCAUAUGCCUGGCAGUAGUAAAGAGAGCACAUUUAAAGAAACUGUAACUUUAAAAUGGUGUACACCAAGAACCAACAGUGUUGAACUGCAUUAUUGCACUGGAGCUUACAGAAUAUCACCUGUAGAUGUCAAUAGUCGACCUUCCUCUUGCCUUACUAAUUUCCUUCUUAAUGGCCGUUCUGUGUUGUUGGAACAACCACGGAAGUCAGGCUCUAAAGUAAUUAGUCAUAUGCUUAGUAGUCAUGGAGGAGAGAUUUUUCUGCAUGUGCUAAGCAGUUCUCGCUCCAUUCUGGAAGAUCCUCCUUCAAUUAGUGAAGGAUGUGGCGGUAGAGUCACAGACUACAGGAUUACAGAUUUUGGUGAAUUUAUGAGGGAAAACAGACUUGCUCCUUUUCUAGAACCUAGAUACAAGAGUGAUGAAAGUCUUGAAGUUCCUUUAGAACGCGCAAAAGAUCAGCUGGAGAGACAUACUCGUUACUGGCCCAUGAUUAUCUCACAAACUACUAUAUUCAACAUGCAGGCGGUAGUACCAUUAGCUAGUGUUAUUGUGAAAGAAGCAUUGACAGAUGAAGAUGUGCUAAACUGUCAGAAAACAAUUUACAAUUUAGUAGACAUGGAGAGGAAAAAUGAUCCAUUGCCAAUAUCAACUGUUGGGACAAGAGGAAAGGGUCCUAAAAGAGAUGAACAAUAUAGGAUUAUGUGGAAUGAACUGGAGACCCUUGUUAGAGCACACAUAGCCAGUUCAGACAAACACCAACGAGUCUUGGAGUGUCUUCUGGCUUGCAGAAGCAAACCUCCUGAAGAAGAAGAGCGAAAGAAACGAGGGAGGAAAAGAGAAGAAAAAGAGGACAAGUCAGAGAAAGCAGGAAAAGACUAUGAACCAGAAAAAUCCUGGCAGGAAUCAGAAAGGCUAAAAAGUUUGUUAGAUCGUGAAAAGGAGGAACUGGCAGAAGCAGAAGUAAUAAAAGAUUCACCUGAUUCUCCUGAACCACCCAACAAAAAGCCUCUCCUUAUAUUGGAUGAAAUGCCAAGCAUCGAAAAAAACAAAGGUCCAGUAUCGCUGCUGUCCUUAUGGAGCAACAGAAUUAACACUGCAAAUUCUAGGAAACAUCAAGAAUUUAUUGGUCGUUUGAACUCUGUCAACAAUAAGGCUGAACUUUAUCAACAUCUUAAAGAAGAGAAUGGAAUGGAAACAACAGAAAAUGGAAAAGCCAGCCGGCAGUGAAUACUAUAUCAAGUAACUAAUUUGGUCAAGUUGCAUAAAGUUCUUUAUGCUGAAUUCAAUAACUAUUUCAAAUUGUACAGUUCAGUUGCUUCAAUUGGUUUUUACAUUUUUCUAAUUUUAGCCUUUUUCUAUGAAGUUACAAAAUCUGAAUAUUGGAUUAAAUGUGUAAAUCAUUUCCCCUGCAUCCCCUUUUAAUCUAUGAUUGAAUAAAACAAGACUUUUUAUUUC